GGAUGGAUAGAUGGAUGGAUAGAUGGAUGGAUGGGUGAUGAAAGAAAGGAAGGAAGGAGAUGGAUAGGGUGGGUUGUCCCUUCCCACACUCAUGUUUUCUACUCCUGAGAUGUCUUCAGGGAAGCAUUCAAAAGUGCUCACUGCAAGUGGUAGAAUUCUGUGCCUGUCUAAGACUUGGGGUGUGAUGAGUGGAUAGAGGGAGAGAGAUGGAUGUGUAAUUAAGCAAAUAAGAGGAAAAUGCCUGAUAGAAUCCAGGUAGAAGGCAUGUUUUAGGUUUUCUAUAUGUUUGAAAAUUUUUAAUAAAAAAUACUGGGGAAGGAUUGGGAGUGUGGCUCAAGGGGUAGAGCACCUGCCUGGCAAGUAUUGAGGCCCUGAGUUCAAACCCCAAUACCAACAAAAAAAAAAUUGGGAGGAAAAUAUUCUAGCCCCCGUCCCACACACACAAGAGUCUGGGAAAGGGAGGAAGAAGGCGCCUUGCACAACAUCUGAAAAGUGUUGGGCUGAGAACAUUCCCAAGCCAAGCCCUGGGUUUUGGCAAGGGUUGCGAUGCAGGUGAUCCACUUUUGUAUGGCUGCAAAAAUAAUCAUGAGACUCUUAGACUGUUCCCACCCUCCUGGUAAAUAGCAGUACGUGAGUCCCCCCCAACCCAAGACACCUGCCUUUCACCUGGGAUCUCCAGAUUUUCCCCAUCUGGCUACUAAAAAUCACUCCCUAGCAUAGCCGGGGCCCCUGUGUCUCUGCAUAUUGGCUUUAAAUAUUUUGAAUAUUACCCCUGGGCUGGAGCAGCCUUGCUUCUUAUCUUCCUCCCCACCAGAGCCCAGAACAUGGCUCACUGACUUCUGGAACCCUGAGGAUGGCCCCGCCAGAUGGCCCAGCGAGAGGACAUGGCCUCUGCAGCCCCCCCUGAGGGGGAGAGUGGCCAACUGCCUGCUCUGACCCCUAACCACCUGGACCCUCGACAACCCAGGAUGGUCCCACUACAGGCAAAUGGAGGAGAGUCUCCUCUAAGGGUCCUUGGCAUCCCAGAGCCACUUCUGCGCCUGCAGAGGACAUGGGGGGUGUGGCAAGUCCCUGAGAUGGCUGCUCAGGAGGCACAGGCGCUUGUGGAGCUGUGGCCACUGGGGAGUUUCCUGGUCAUAGGACAUGACCCCAGCCAGGUCCUGGUAUUGAGGACAGGACCUUCACGGAGAGAAGUCAACACCUACCAGAUCCACAAGUUUCCUGGAGGUGUGUCCCUGGAAUCUUCCAACCUCUGCAUGCCAGACCUGCCCCAUCUCCUGGCCUUCUUAUCAGCCAGCAGGGAUGUUUUGCCCAGAACGCUGCUCUUGCCCUGUUUGACUGUAGGGCCUGGAGACACACCAACAGGUCCUCUUCCUGUUAGCCGGGUCCAGCUUGACACCUCCAGGGGGGUCCUCUCUGUGGUCAAUCAGCUGUACCUGGAGACUCACGGAGACUGGGUUACCCAGCAGACCCCCCAAGAGACAGAGACAGAGCCUGCCCAGAACCAUGACCCAGCCCCCAGGAAGCCUGCCCCGCACCGGGUCUCCUGGGUGGAAGGCCCGCUCAGCCCAGAAGUGCAGCAUCCUGGGCAGGUUCUGACCAGUCUGGUGGAGGAGAAGGAGGAAGAGGAGGACAAUGAUGACUACAGAGAUGAAGAGGAAGGCCCUGAAGACGUGCUCACUGUUCACAUCCGGGCUCUGACUAGGACCAGGAGCAGCUACGUGGCCAGGCAGUACCGUGGCCUCCGGGCCCGCCUUACCUCAGAUUCAGGGGGACCCCACAGGCCUGGGGACCGGGCCACUGAGCUGCUUCAGGAUGUGCGCCACCUCCUUACUGACCUCCAGGAUUACUUGGUCAAGGACCCCGAUGUGAGAGCUGUCUUUGGGAGCAGGGAACCUGGAGUCCCCAAGAAGGACGAGGAUCUUGGCCCCGCGGUGGAGGCUGCAGUGUGCCGGGCCGUGCUGGCUCCGCUGAGACCGGCCCUGUGGACGCGACUCCGCACGCUCCGCGCGCAAGAGCUGCGGCGCCUGCGCCGACGGCAAAUAGCUCUGCGGGCGGGCGGGCCUCCGGGAGCGCGGGGGGCGGGGACUGAAGGGCGAGGCCCCGCCCCCGGCCUGCGCAGCCGCAUCCACGCGCGCCUGGAGCACCUGCAUGCCGCGUGCGCCCCUCGCCGCAAGGUGGCGCUGCUGCUGGCGGUGUGCAGUGACGUCUACGAGGGCCUGGGAGGCGGUGAGAACCAAGAGCCCCUGGGGGCCGAUGCCUUCCUGCCCGCGCUGACAGAGGAGCUGAUUUGGAGUCCGCACAUCGGGGAGACGCAGCUGGACGUGGAGUUCCUUAUGGAGCUCUUGGAUCCUGAUGAGCUGCGGGGAGAAGCUGGCUACUACCUGACCACGUGGUUUGGGGCGCUGUACCACAUCGCUCACUACCAGCCCGAAGCGGGCCGCGCGCCCCAGGGGCUCAGCUCCGAGGCCCGCGACUCCCUGCGCCAGUGGCACCGCAGGCGGACGCUGCACCAACAGGACAGGACAGGAGUCCAGGUCGACCUGCCCUUUGAAGAGCCGUGGGCAAUGGGGGCUGUGCCAGGGGCCAAUCCCUCCGCUCAGGGGACAGCUUGAAGUUUGGGGCAGCAAGAAGGGGGUCCGAGGAAAAGGGCCACCUUAGGGCCUUUGCACUGGCUGUCCCUGCUUCCUGGUCUUCCCUCCAGGUCCAUCCGCAGUGACGUGCUCCCUGAAACCGCUGUCUAAAACUACACGCUCCUCACCUCACUCUCCUCUGGUAGGCACGAUAAUGCCCCCCAAAACAUGUCAGCACCCUAAUCCCCCAAAUCUGUGCUAUGCCACUGGCUGUAGUAAAAGGGACUUUACAGCUAUGAUCACAUGAAGGACUUGAGGGGCAGGCUGGCCUGGAUUCUGGUAAGAGCAGGGGUGGCUGAGCCUGUAGUCCCAGGUACAGUGGAGGCUGAGGCAGGAGGAUCACUUGAGCACUGGAGUUCAAGGCCAGCCUGGGCCACACAGCAAAAUCCCAUCUCAAAAAAAAGAAAAAAGAAAAAGAAAGAAGAGGGAGACAGGCGGACCAGAGUCAGAGAAAGAGGAGUGAUGUGACCCAAAGUCAAGUUCAGACAGUCUAGAAGCCAGGGGAGGGAACUUGUUCUUUGAUGUUAGACUCCAUUUUGGACUUCUGACCUCCAGCACCGUUAAGAUAAUAAAGUUGUGAAUCGUUAAACCUUUAAGAUUGGAGCGAUUUGUUACAAUGGCAAUAAAAAAACGAAAUACACU